AUGGGGCCAGGUCGCACCUUGAAUGACCAAUCCGUCUCGCUCAAGAAGUCGGAGAUGGAUCGACUCUCGGGACUAUGUUGCGCGCCAUGGCUUGGGAAUGGUAUACAUCGGGGCGCACACCCUGGAAUGACGUAUACAGUCGCCCUCAAGAAGUCGGAGAUGGAUCGACUCAUGUACGACUCUGCAUACGUACAGAAUACUGAGCCUGUGACGGAAUGGUACAUAUCGGGAUACCACCCUGGAAUGACGUAUACAGUCGCCCUCAAGAAGUCGGAGGUGGAUCGACUCAUGUACGGGUCCCGCCGAGCACCAGAAGGCCGAGGUCUGUCAGCAGACUGA